AUGAGAAAGCCAAGGUCUUCCGCCUCUUCGGCAGGGAGAACUGAGAAGUCCGUUCACCACGUCUUCGGCGGUGGCCAAGCUGCUAAUUUGAUUCUACGGAGGGACAAGAAGAUCUCAGCUGGAAUACUCGAUGGUGCCACUGCUAUUUGGAUUCUGUUCGAGUUCGUCGGCUACCAUCUACUUCCUUUAAUUUCCCAUGGCCUCAUCAUCUCUUUGCUCAUGCUCUUCCUGUGGUCGAAGGCCUUGAAGUUUAUUAACAAAUCUCCGUCGCACAUUCCAGAGGUGAGGAUACCUGAUACCUGA